AUGCGUGGUUUUAUUAUUUUGUGUUUUGCUGCUUUGGCUGUAGCUGCUCCUCAAGGAUACAACUAUCCCAGCCAGCCUAGUAAUCAGUAUUUGGCUCCCGGUGCUGGUGCAGGCUCUGGUUUUGACGGCCACGGUGUCCAGGGUUAUCAACAACAACCCUUGGUCUCCAAACGCUUCUUCAUUCACUCUGCCCCAGAGGAAGAAGAAGUAGAAAUCCAACAAAAGGACAUUGUCAUUGGUCAACCCCGUAAGAAUUUCAAUGUUGUCUUCAUUAAAUCGCCCGCCGGUGCCGCUCAAAAAACCAAGAUCCGUGUCAUUCCUGCCGUUAACGAAGAGAAGACUGUCAUCUAUGUGUUGGCUAAGAAAGCUGGUGAAAAUGAAGUUACCGCUCAUAUUGAAGAGCCUCAUACCACCACUGCCAAACCCGAAGUAUUCUUCAUUAAAUACAAGACCAACGAAGAAGCUGAACAUGCCCAACACAGCAUUCAAGCUGAAUACGAUCGUUUGGGCGGUUCUACUGUCAUUUCCAAUGAAGGUAUUGCUCCAGUCUCCUCGGUUAUCGGUUCCUUAGAUGGUCAUGGUGCUAAUGUUGGUGCUGGUGUAGGAGCAGGAUCAGGUAUCGGCUCUGACUCUGCUGGCCAUGGUGCUGCUAACACUGCUUAUUUGCCACCCGUGAAGAAACAUUAA